CCCUGCUAUUAGGAACCAAGGUGAAUGUCAAAAUGGCUAUGCUAAAAUUGUUCUGUGCACGGGCAAGUGGUAAAAAACUUUUUUUUAAACUAGGCUUACACAUUAUUUCUUAAAAUUUUUUGGCUUCAUUCUCAUUUUUUAUUUGGAUUGGCAACCAUUUUAUUACCUUCUUUUUGUUUUGCUGAAUUCUAAGUUUACAUAUCGAAAGAGCAAAGGUCCUUGGUUUUUAGGGAUUUUUUGUAUAUAAUUUAUAUAUGAUUAUGAUAGUGUGAAAACAUUUCAAUACAGUGUCAGUGUGUAUUUGCUUUUUAUAAAUCAUUUUAGUCUCAUUUUCUAUAUUUUAGGCAGUACCCAUUAAUAAUAAUAAUAGGUGUUUAAAUUCCAUUAUAAAUUAUGUCAUAUAACCAUAAUAAUAAUAAUAAUAAGUAUAUUAAUGUAAGUAACACAAAUUAUAAUUAUAAAUUUUAAUUUGUUACUUUGUAUCCUUGUAAAAAUAGACUUAAGUCUCUUUAAGCUACGAUACUAAUACUAAUAAUACUAUAAGAGUGUUUAAUAUUGCAUUUUUGUUGUCUUUUUAAUCAGUUCAUGGUUUGGCAAGGCAAGGUCUCAUUCCAUUGUGUGCCACCCAACAAAACAGAACCCAUUUUAGUAAGUUAAAUAGUGAAUCCAUGUUCAAAAUGUAUAAAAACAGAGUUCACACUCUCACUGUCUUUAAAAGUUUGGGUUUGGGAAAUAUUAAAAAAUAUUCCCAGGGCCCGAAAAAGUUUGGGAAAAUUGCCCCCCAAAAAAUUGAAAUAAGAAAAAAAAAGGAUGUUUAUAUGACAUGCGCAGUGCAGAUUUCUUAAUUGAUCCCUAGCCCUGCAAUAAAGAAAUUUGUUGAUUAGUCUGUUACAGUCUGUAGAUUUCCUCAACACAGUCAAAUUAAUCUUAAAUAGUUAGUGAUCCCUCAGUAAUUUCACAUUUUUUUAAAACUAGGCUUACACAUUAUUUCUUAAAAUUUGUUGGCUUCAUUCUCAUUUUUUAUUUGGAUUGGCAACUAUUUUGUUUUCUAUUGAAAUCUACUGUUAUACAGUGUAGAAUUAUUAAAUGUUUAUUAAACAUGCUUUGGAGUUUGUUCUUUUAAUGAUACAUGGCUCAAGUCAGAAUACAAGUUUUGGCUAAAAAAAAAAAGUAGGGGUUUACAAGAUGAAAUUGGAAUAGCUGUGGGGCCUCAUAAAGUACCCAUUACAAAAGAGUUGUUGAAUUUUGCCUCAUCAGCAAGUAUGAAAUACAUUUUUAUCUGAAUAAGCAGAAAGAUGAAAAUGUUUUCUGCUCGAGUAAAAAAAAAACAAAAAAAAACUAGAGAAGUGCAGGAGUUUAAGUCCAAAAAAAAUUUUUGGAAAUAGGUGUAGCCAGUUUAGUUACCUUAGCCAACAGCACAACUAAAGAGGCUGAACUUAAAAGAGACCACUUCUCUUUUAUCUGCGCUUCAAAUGCAUUACAAGAAAAAGCAUCAGAUAAGGAAAAGGAAGUCCUUAAACUCCAAAAACUUAUUGCUGAUGAAGAGGGAAUCGUACAGUUUUAAUAUAUUAAAUGAUGUGUUAUCUGCGUAAAUAUUAAAUGGACUGUUUGAAUAUAUAAAUUAAGCCUAACACAAUUUUUGUUCAAAGCCACUGGAUACAACUGUGCAGCCAGGACAUUUUUUUUUAAUAUCUGGGACAUUUCCUCAAUACUCUGUGCCGGAUGAUUCAUCAUGAAUGCUAUGUUUUAACUAUUAAUUCAAACAAAAAGUUACUUUUGAACAUUAAGCUGAAUCAAAUGUAACAACGUACAUAACCUUGUACAAACUUGUGUGUUAUAUUUCCAAAAACUAAAGGAUAGCUCUUUUUUUACAGAACAAGUUGGACAACAACCGCCAAACUUGGAAUGGAGACCUAUUAUGGAUCGAGCUGCUACUUCUGUGUUUUGGAAUGAAAUGUUUAAAGGUUAAGGGAAAAAAAUAAUAUGGUGUACAAAUAAUUUUUAUUUAAUAUAUUAUUUUUAUUUAAUUAAUUAUAUUAUUUGCAUAGGGAACAUAUUUGAGUCAUGCACCUCAGCCUCUAAUUCCUAUAACUUAUCUUUUCUUCGACAAUGCUAUACCAAAUUAUUUCGGGAUAGUGUCACCAAUGAUCACAUGCCAAUACUAUCAUUUAAAAGGUGUAAUAUUCUGUAUUUCUUUGUAUCGAAAUGGGGUUUAGUAUUCUGUGCCAUAAAUCUUAACAGAUUAACGAUGAAAAGUAAAACAUUGUUAUUGGAGUAAGAAUUACCCUGUCCUGUAAGGACUCAAUUCAUUUUUUCUUGUUACUUAGGUUAAACAUGGUCUACAUUAGAGGUUUUCAAAGAAAAUUACAAUUAAAGUGAGUUGUUUUGUAAACUCUUGGUUUCAAAAUAUGUCCCAGUGUUUCACUAAUUUAAAUUUCAAACUGUCAUCAUAGGUAUUGGAAUUUGUCUGGGAAUGAUUUUAAAGGAACCUGCCAACAUUAACUACCCGUUUGAGAAGGGUCCACUGAGUCCUCGCUUUCGUGGUGAACAUGCUUUACGGCGGUACCCAUCUGGUGAAGAAAGGUGUAUUGCUUGUAAACUCUGUGAGGCUAUAUGUCCAGCUCAGGUAGAGAGAAAAUUUAGUGCAAUCGUAUUUUACGGACUAUAAGACCCACUUUUUAUCUUCGAAAAAUUGUCUCUGAAAUUCAGGUGCGUCUUAUACAAAAUUAAUAUAAAAAUGCUAAAAAUGUUAUUUUUUAAAAAAUUGCUUAAAAAUUAAGGUGCGUCUUAUAGUCCGUAAAAUACAGUAGUUAUACCUAAUUUGAACUAAUCCUUUAUAAUUUUAAUAUUAAAAUCCAAAAUAUUUUAUAUUUCUCGCUAUAAUAUUUUUAAUAUUAGAAAAAAAAUUUUUUUUUUACUGGUUAUUCUCUUUCACCUGAAUUUUUUUAGGGCAGUAGCGUAGCCAGGUUUGACGCUAGGGAGCAAAAAUAAUAUUUUAAAAAAAGGUCAGCACACCAAAAUAAUAAGUGCAACAAAAAAAAUUAUGAUUAUUUAUAUUGGUUUAUUUAUGCAUCUGACACACCUAUUAAUAAAUAACAUGGAAACAAUAAAAUAUACUGUAAGUAGUUUUAUAAUAAAAGGGUGCCAGUGGGGGGGGGGGGGGGUCCUGAAAAUUUUUUUCGAGAACCUCUCCCCAGAAAAUUGAUUUUUGAUAAAUUCAAAAUAUGAAUAGGUUUUUAUUUUAUAAUAAAAGGGUGCCAGUGGGGGGGGGGGGGUGUCCUGAAAAUUUUUUUCGAGCACCUCUCCCCAGAAAAUUGAUUUUUGAUAAAUUCAAAAUAUGGAUAUGCUUUUUGGUGCAAAUCAGAAUUUAGUUUUCACAAUUCUACACUUAAUGGGAAAUCAACAAAAGAUGCUAGUGGAAAUUUAGGAUAUCUGACCUGAAUUUAAUUAGGCCUAUACCAAAACUUUACUUUUAAUUUUGUCCAAAUAGUAAAGCUUAUUUUUUAUUUUUUGAAAAUAAUUAUUUGUUUAAACUACUUUAUUAAUAUGUGAUUUUAAAAAAAUCAGUCAGUAUUUAAAAAAAGAUAUAUUGUCACUCUGUCACCUUUGCAAGCUCCCUAUGAGAUGACAAGAUGAGCAGUGGAGACACGUUAGAUUUCAUUAAUGUUGCUUAAAGUCAUCUUAAAAAUAUUGUUUACUUUUUAUGUUUAAGAAAUGCAUGGAUGAAAUACAUUUUUCUCAAUUAAAAUUAAACUAAAGUUUUACACUAAAAAAAAUAUUUAAAAUAUUUUUAGAGGAAUGAAAAAAAAAAGUUAUUUUCUUUACAAAAGUAGAAUGACCCUUAUUUGGAAAAUUGGUCACCAGGGGGAGCAGCCGUUGCCUGUGCUCCCCACUGGCUACAUUACAGAUUUAGGGCUAGCCAUUUGGUGGACACUGGCUGCCCUUAGCUGUCUUUGGCAAAGACUUCAGAAGUUAUACCACUUAUGUUACUACUUAUAUUUUAUUAUUUCUAUCAUUAAAAAUAAAUUAAUGUUUAAAUCAGUUUCAAAAGAUUAAUAGGCAUUCAUUGACAGUCAGUCAUCCCAUGGGUAAAUUUAAUGUUGAUAUAUCCGGUAGUAGUUAUUUCCACCAACGUUUGUCAUGAUCUCUUCUUCUCUAGGCAAUUACUAUUGAAGCAGAGACUAGAGCAGAUGGUAGUAGAAGAACCACACGUUAUGACAUUGACAUGACAAAGUGCAUCUAUUGUGGUUUCUGUCAAGAAGCUUGUCCUGUCGAUGCAAUUGUUGAGGUCAGUUUUCCCAACAUCUACAUAUGUUGUGUCAGAAAUAUUUAAAUCUUCAUUAAAAUUUGUAUAAAAAGCUGUAGCCUUAAUUAUUUGACCUUAAUUCGUUUCUAAAUAAUUUGGUUAUUCAGCUUUCUUUCGAUAGCAAUAUUUUCUAAUGUUUUGUUAAAAGGUGCAUAACGUAUAAAGGAACAGUAUUUUAUAAAUAUAUUUACUGUUCUUUUAGUUUAAAUCUUUAUCAGAAUUACUCUUUGAUUGUGACACCUUGUAUUUUAUAUAUCUAUUUUAAUAGGGCCCCAACUUUGAGUAUUCAACAGAAACACGUGAGGAACUUUUGUAUAACAAAGAAAAACUGCUCAGCAAUGGGGAUAAGUGGGAGACAGAAAUAGCUGCCAACCUGCAGGCAGAUUAUCUUUACAGAUAAACAUAGUCAUAGUUUUGUCAAGUUUCUUGUACAUAAAUAUGAAACAUGUGAAUUUAAGACAUUGUUAACUAAUAGAACUAGUACAAAGUUCUUCAAUAAAGGAUGUCUACUUUACUUUAGAUAGAGAAGAAGAAAAAAUAAGGAUUAUUAUUGCCUUGUUACUGAGCUGAAUUGGUGAGAAAUUGUGGAUUGCAUCUGACCAAAUUGAGACUGUAAGUGGAAGAGUGGAUGACCUCUAAAAUAUAAUUUGCUGUUCAGAAAAUGUUAAAAUGACCUCGGAAGUGAAAUAUUAAAUUGGUUUUUAUGAAUAAAUAAUGUUUUGUUUGUGUUUCAUUCCUACUGUAGAUACAAGGCUUAAUUUUUAAAAAAUACAGCUUGUGGCUCUGCAAAGUAAAUUAGAUUAUUUCUUAAGUAUCUUUAACCAGCACCAGUGAAUAAGCAAAACAUUAGGAC